CUAUUAAAGCAAGUUGUCAGCACUGCACAGCAUAAACAUUUUCCGCGUUUAUUUAUCAAGUAGUUCCCACGCUUGGUAAUUUACUACCAAACAACGGCAUAAAUGUGCACAAGACAGUUUAAAAGUGUCUUUGAGCCGUUUUAUUUUGAACCCAGGUGAUACGGGACCUGUGGCUGUGCCACCUUACAACAGCGCGCACACGCACAUGGAGAAUUCGACGGCGUCGCCGUCGAAGACAACGACAACGCCAAAGAAACGUAAGCACAGCGAGUACCAUGAUCCGGAUUACGGAUUUCAUUACGAUAAUCCAGAUAGCGAAAAGGAGAAACGCGCUAAGCUCGAGCAGGACUCCAAUUCAAAUGACGCGAUACGGACUCAACAGGAUGUGGCCAACAACACGCCACGAAUUGCAGUUGACAGCGUGGCGCAAUUGAAACGCAUUGAGGAUAUUGUGCGCACCGAAUUCCAAAAGGAAUUGACCCUGAAGGAGCAACAGUUAAGCGAGAUUGAUAAUCGAUUGUUGCAGGCACGCCAGCUCCUGGAUAAGCUGCGCUACCAUGUGGUCAGCGAAUACUACAAGAAGCAACAGGUGACGCUGACGGCAGCAGAUGUCGCUCGAGUGCGAUCGCGUGACACAUUGUUCGGCGAUGGGGCUGAACAUGACGGUGUCCAAUUGCCAUUGCAUCCUGCCAUCAAGAAGAUUGUGGGCAAACGUCCAGCACCCAUUCAACUACACCUGCCCGAGCGAACAGCCGCAACGCUGGCCAAACAGACGAUUCGACUGCGAAAUCCGGCGCAUCGGCGAGCGGAGCGUCGACGGCAACAGAAGAUACGCGAACAGGGCAUUGUUACGGAUCACACACAGGAGGAGGUAAAGAAGACGGAUGCACCUAGUCGUGAUGAGCAACCUUGCACCAGCCAGCAGGCUUACAAGCGUCAGCAGGAACUAGAGGUCGCUUCAGUGCCGGCCCUGAAUACCUCCCGCUUGAAUAACAAAAACAAAUUCCACUUUGUGGUCGGCAACACAUCCAAGUACAUAGGAGGCGCUGACUCCGAGGCGCGGGAUUCUCGGGGUAGCCAAGGCUUGGCCUACAAAUGGCUGGUCUACGUGCAGGGCAAGAAUCUGCCCCAACCGUUGGAAACGUAUCUCAAGAAGGUGCGCUUUCAGCUGCAUCAUUCGUAUCGACCCAACGACAUUGUGGACGUACACUCUCCACCAUUUCAGCUGACACGUCGCGGCUGGGGUGAGUUCCCCUUGCGUAUUCAGCUGUACUUUCAAGACCAUCUGCAGCAGAAGCCAGUUCAGCUAAUGCACAACAUUGUGCUGGACAAGACCAUGUGUGGAUUACACACCAUGGGUGGUGAAACAACUGUCGAGGUUUGGCUGCGUUCCAAUGCGAAUGCUACGCCUGAAAUUAUGACGACGACGACGACGCCAGUGACAAUUAAGCGAGAGUCUUCCACGACGACACCUGCUCCAUAUACAUUUCUCUUACCUAUGGAAAGCUCCAAGCCGCGCACUAUAUCUAUAACGCAAAACAAGGAGGAGCUAGAUGACAAUCUGUUUGCCUGCAUCAACAAGAUCGAGUUGAGUGACGACAUUGAGCAAAUUGAGCCCACGGUGCUCGUCUCGGAGCCUUUGAAGCUAAGUAGCCCUAAGAAAACUGCACCCGUACUCGCACCCGCACCAGCAACGCCCAGCAAAAUGCAGCUGCGCCUCAAUUCCAUGGAUACAGUGUCCACUAUGCGUCCACAUGCAUCUCACCUGCCCUUGAAUGGAAUUAGCAGUAGCAAGAAGCAGCAGAAUGGACACACCAAGGGACAGGUUAAGAAUGUGGUGUUCCAGAAGGCGGGCAGACUCUACUUCAUAGAUCCGAUGCAGUCGAAGCUGAAGCAGGCCGCCAAGCAACAGUCGCUGUUGAAGCCACAGCUCAGUCUGCUCAAGCAGCCAACACAACAGUUGUCCAAGCGCUGGCACAUUCUGCAGUGCAUCCAAAACGAUCAUGGCUAUGCCAACAUGAGCAGUCAUGAAACGAUGUCAGUGCCAGUGAUGCCGCAAAGUCAACGAAUGCGUCUGGAACAGCUCUUCAACGGCAUUCCGUUUCAGAGUAUGCGCAGCGCUGUGGAGUUCCUGCUCCGUCGAUUGCCAUUGACUGGUGGAUUGGGCAACGAAUACGUCUUUGGUGGCCAAACACUAUCGGCAUUCCUGGCCCAGCCCGCUUUGCGUCAACGCUUCUUCGAGUACAUGCGCGGUCGCGUGCUAGCACGUUGCAUGCGGCAACAUCAACGUCUGCAGCAUCUGCAUUCCAGCUGCAAGGAGCACUUCUGGAGUGUACGCGAGAUUGUGGCCUUUGCCCGCCUCCACGGCUAUACGCCGCCUCUAAAAAUGCUUUGUGUUACCCGAGAGAAAGCAGCCUCAAAGCUUGCUCCCUUGUCGGAGCGCGUUCAACAGCAGCUAAAGGAUGAACCGCAGUCACAAUUCCAAGCGUAUUGUAGUCUCACCCCACGAACCCGCCUGGACAGUUGGCUAACGGAGCAAGCGAAACGUCUGCAAUGUCGUGAGCAACAGCUGGAGAAUCAGCAGAUAGUCGAUGUGCUUGGCUUGGAUCCACCUAAAUCUCUAACUCGUCGGCCUACCCACGUAACUAAUAAUUCUAAUAACCAACAGAUGCUAUAUUUACCGCCUCCCGAGGAUCUGGAUGCUGCCUCACAGCUGGUGCGUGACAUGUGCAAGGAUGUGGGCAUAGUUCUGGAGACGGAACAGAGCGUGCCGGGUGUCUCCCAAUCCUUAGCUCUUACACUUCUCGCACAUGUGCUACGAAUGUUUGUAGAGAGGUUGGUGCGACGUGCUGUGGCAAGCAAGCUGCAACAACAACAGCAGCAACCACAUGCAAUAGAGACGCUGCCCCCAGCGGCAGCUAACUUGGAGCUAGCUUUGCUUCCCUACGACAUUGGACGCGUCAUCGCCAAGAGCGGAGAGCUAGAUUUUCUUGGCAAUUGCAAUCUCGGCGUGGCCCAAAUGGAUAAACAGUCCUAGUCAUUGGCCCAAGUCACAAUCAAACCAUACAUGCCAUGUGUAUUGAUGUUACUCGUUUACCUUUUGUCUAGUUCCAAAUUCUCUGGGAUAUUAGUUGUUGAUCAAUAAGCUAUUUUUAGGUAUACCUUUAGUAUAUGUUAUUACAUAUGUAUAUAUUUUUAUAUGGCUCGCAUUCAAUUAAAAUACAUAUUUAU